CAACAUUCACCUUAUAAUACCGCGCAGAUGAAAUCAGAAUUAUCAAAGAAGAUGGUUGAUAAGAAAGCUGCAGUGAAUUCCGUUUUAAUAAAUCGUGAAUUUGAAACACCGGACAGAUACCCGCAAAGAGUUUUAGUUUUUCUUGCUGCGAUAUGCCCUAUCACACUAGCCAUAACACCUGCUCUGGCGUUCAUACCAAGAGAAAAUCGACCAAUUCUGAUAGCGAUUACAAUAUUAUAUGUCGUGCUGUGGAUUGUUGAAGCCGCAGUAUCGUAUUUCCUAUUCGCAUCAGACGCAAUAAGGAAAAGUUUUCCCGUGAAUUUGUUGUUGACGAUGUUACAUUCCGCUUGCAUCACCGUAAUAGCAGAACCCUCAUACUUUGCGAAAGACUAUAGAUGGGUAUUGGGUGCGAUGGCGAUAGCUGUGGUGCUCUUCAUCAUAUGCAUAUCGAUAGGUGCAGCGUCGAAAAGUAAACUUAAUGUGGACAACCCAGCAAUGGUGAUAGGCUACAUUGUCUUCUCAGUCAUAAUCGGCAUUGUUACACUUGCGGUUUACUUUACGACCAAAAACUCCACUUGGACUAGGAUGAUUCUGGCAGGAGGUAUGACCAUUGUAAUAAUCCCUGUCGCCUUAUAUGUCGGUCAGUCAACACUUGGCCCACCUGAAUUCAGAGAGUAUGAUACAGAUUACUGUUCAGCUGCAGUGGUUAUACAUGCCACUCUUGUCAUCUUUCUGGUUAUGCUCAGCCUUGGAGUGAUACAAAUACCGAAGGAAAGAGAAAUUAUGUUAGCAGGACUGACUGAACCAAUUUCGUGGUUUUCAGUAUAAAAGCAUUACAGUACGAAAGUGUGCAUUUUAUGGUCAACUGUCUACAACCACAGUUCAUACUGUUGUGUUCAUGAUUUGUAAUCCGAUUAAAUAAAUAAAUUCACUUUUUACACAGAAGGUGUAUAAUUCUGAAAUAUUACUGUUAUUUUCCAGAUGUGUGAUUUGCAGUACCAUGAAAAGUUUGUUCUGACCGACACUGUCAGUUACAGUGAUUCAUUUCAUACUGAAUUCCAUAUUUUCAUAUGGAAUGUCAACCAUCA